UUUGAACUGCAUGUUUCUCAUUCACUUAGACUUGCUGAUCCUUUUAGUCCGCUUGCUUUUCUUAAAUAAGCAAAUUGGGCAGAUUUCCGAAUAAAAUGAAGGUGAUACUUUUAGUGUGUGUUUGGAUCCAGUCUGCAGUCAGUGUUGUUGUGAAUUUUAAACCAGAAGUUCCCUUGACCUCUGACCUUCUAAUUUUCCGAACCGCGACCACUAUCACACUGAGCAAGCCGCUUUGUGUGUUUCCUAACGAGAGUGUUGUCGAUGUCUUCGGAGUGCAAGCGAACGUGUUCCCACUCCCAAAUGAAAUUGGCAGUGUGAACAGAAGUUAUCAACAAACAGAAGGAGGAGCCACUGGGCCUUAUCGUGUUGCCAGCUUUGCCACCCCUACCUGUACCUCUUUACCUUUCAUGGCGAGCACUGAUCCUGCAAGAAUCCAAGCUGAGAUCAAUAAAUAUCUCUUCAGAGUUGGAAAUGAUGUCCAGUGUUUGAACCAAGUCAACAACCCUCCAGAGAAUUGUAAUGCACCACUCAAAGCCAAUGCAACGUACAGAUUCAAGUAUGUUUUGCGAAAUAAAUCUACAAAUGUAAUUGAAAAUGAAACACUCUGGUCAGACCCCAUCUCCCUUCUCCGAGUUUUUGAGCCUACCCGUCUUAAUGCUUCACCAGGUGGGAGGACAGGAGGAAUGGUGGUCAUCACAACGAUUCUUUCCAUCCUCCUCUUUCUACUUCUCUGUGCCUUUGCCACUAUUCUGAUCUACAAGUUCUGGGGGACAAAAGAAUUAGCUAGACUGGAGCAGCAGCCUGUUCCAAGAAGCUACACCACUCAUGUGAGAAACCAGGAUUAUUCUGAAAGUAUCUAUUCAAAAGCAAGCAAACCUCAUCCUCCGCAGCCAACUGACCAACAGCGUUACCAGUCUACUAUUGCACCUGCUCAAGCUUCAGAGUAACAUGUUGUAAAGCUCCAAGUGAUGCUGGUGAUUUAAAAAUGAAGAUGAAAACGGAGGUUAAUGAUGGACGAAGUAAUGAUCAGCUACAGUCUGGAUGCCCUUCUGUUAAUGCAUAAUACCGGAUACCUUCUAACAUAAUGCAUAAUUAUUGGAGCCCAAAUUUGCUUUUCCAAACACUAUUGUUUAACAGAUGGUGACUACAGGGAUUGUUAAAUUUCUAACUGUGACUUGGCUUAAUUUUUGUAUGUUAUUUUUCAUGUAUUCGUUGAAAUAUAAAACAAAAUAUCUUUUCCUGUUUAUUUGAA